UUAGGGGCCAUCGCCCUGAAUUUGGGAGUUCUCGUGUCGUCAAUUUAUGAGAGUAUCUACGCACGGCGAGAUGGAGACCCAACCAAAUUGAAAGACAUCACUGCUAUGAGAUCAACUACCAUCAAUAAUCCAGGCUAUCGAGAGCAUCCGCCUACGAAUGGUGGAAGCAUAUCAAUGACCGAUGCCAGUGGAAAACCUUACGGACCAGGAGCUGGAAACGGCUCGAUUGCCUCCGUGACAACCUCCACAAGCGUAGGAAGUACAACAUCACCCCUGAGAAGUUCACUAAAGAAGCCAAAACCCCUUGGAAUCCAAAAUCCUGGAUUUUCAGCGCAUAGUCCUACACUAACGAGGAAUGGGUCUCAGAAGAAAGUCCGCAUUCAAACCCACUCGACAGAAGUUUAAAAUAUGCUAUAAAGUCGAAAUUGAUUCCAUAGCGCAAAUAAAACUAAUCAAAAACGCGUUGUGAUAGUGGAGGUAUCUGAAUACGUAGUAUAGCUUUUUUCUAUGAUGGAAAUUGUUUCGAUAAAUACUCGUGUUUCAUGCUCCAACCUGAAUACGUGUGAAGAUAAGGACAUUUGUAAUUUUUUAAGAUUACAAAUUUUAUCGCAUCCGUCCAUAACCCUAAGUAGGCAGCUAUAUAAUAUGAUAAUUUUGUCGUGAAACGACUCGAUAGAGAAGAGUUAUAUAAAUAUAUAAAUAUAUAUAUAUAUAUCUUUUUUUUUUGUUGGAAACCUUCUAAUAUAUACACAUAUCGAAUUGUUUGCGUAUUCAUCACAUUUAAUGGGACUCAGAGGGACUGUUAUAAAAAAAACAUAUGUACAAGAAACUAAAAUUUCUUCAUCGUGUUGAUAUGUAGAAAAACAAGUUGCGAUUAUAACUGAGAUAAUAA